AUGACAGUCCUUUUGGAAGCAAAGCCAUAUCCGGGGCAGGAGAGGAGUCUCGCCCUCCAGCUGACCUCAGCGGCUUUCUUUCGAGCAGAGGCGCAGCCUGCCCGGGAUCUCGGUGUGCUCGCUGCCAGCAGCCUCCGAAGGCUGGGCUACUGCUCAGUGCUGGAGCUCUUCGCCGGCUGCGGGGUGCGCGCCGCGCGGUAUCUGCUGGAAGGUGGCGUGGACUUUGUGUGGGCGAAUGAGGCCAACCAGGACGUGCACGACCUUGUGCUGGGGAACCUCCGCGCGGCCGCAGCCGCGGCCGGGGGCUCGGCGUCCGCGCGCGAUCGGCCCUGCGGCCAGUUGCUGCCGGAGUGGGCGGCGCCGGCGCGGUCCUGGCGCCUCAAGGAGGGCCUGAGCCUGCAUGGGCGCCAGGGUGGUGACCAUCCGGGCUGGCAAGACGAGGCGGAGAUGUUGGCCGACAAAGACUCGGCUUCUGCGGCCAAGGGCUGGCGGGCCACGCACUGGGAGUCCAAAUCCAUGCUGGGUUACUGCCAGGCCUCAAACCGCCAAUUCGACCUGGUGGAUGUGGAUGCCUUCGGAUGCUGGGCUCACCUGGCGGCCGCAUUGGAAACCGUGCGCCCAGGAGGCGUGCUGUACCUCACCUGCACGGGGCUCACUGCCUGGAAACCCUCCCGCAGCUUCCGGCGCCUCCGGGUCCGCGGCCAGUGCCCGCCGCCGGAGACGCUCCACGAGCACAUGGCCCGGGCGGUGAUUUGGCACACGGUGUCCAGCGCCGACCAGCUGGGCCUGGCUGCGCAGCCGCUGCUGACCCUCUACCGCGCCAGUGGCGACGUCUACCGAGUCAUGUUCCGCAUCACUCGGCGCUUCGGCGAAAGCCGGCUGAUCUCCAAGUCGGUGGGCCAGUGCCAAGUCUGCGGCGCCUACGUUGGACCCUUUGAGGAAGAUGCGCUCUAUGGCACCCCGGCGCGGCGGCCUCGCUGCUGCGGCUCGGAUGCGCUGGUCUGCUGGGGUCCUCUUUGGAUGGGCGGCUUGCAUUCAGAUGAGUUCAUUCAUGAGCUGCAGCAGGAUGCAAGCGAUCGGGGCUGGUUGGACGACGAGACGCCCAUUCCAGGCACCGACAGCCUCGGGGACCUGCUUGCGAAACUGCUCAGUGAGGCGCGGGCUGAGGCAGCUGCGCAGGCCUCCGGGGAGGCUCUGGCGCCCUGGACGCUGCGGGUGCGGGAGCUGGCGCGGAGGGCCAAGUCCUCCCCGCCGAAGCUCAAGGCCCUCAUGGAGGAGCUGAGCUCCCUGGGGCAUGUCGCUUGCAGAUCCGCCUUCGGCCCAGAGCAUUUCCGCACCUCUGCGCCGGCAGCGGCAGUGGUGGCCGCGUUGGUGAAAGCGAAAGCACUCAAAGGGCUUCUCAUGCAGCCCUUUGAGGCGGGAGGAUACGCCGUGGCUUUGGCCACGAUCCUGGAAGCCACUUCCAGCAACGUGACGCUCAGUGAGCGGAACUUGCGCGAGUUCAAGGUCAAUGCCAAGCUUCCGGCGCCCGCGCACCUGCAGAACCUCAAGGAGACUGCAGACAAGAUCGCGGGCAUCCAAGAGAAGCUGCGCGGCGAGUACCUGAAGAACAAAGGCAUCCACAAUGUGCACCACUCCGACGCGAGGCAGGCGGAGAUCGCGCAGUGCGUCUUCUCAGCGCUGCUGGCGUCCCACCAGCUGGCCUCGGGCGCGAUGUCCAUCACCGCGGGCGUGAGCACCUGCGGCUACGGAGGCGUCCCGGCCAAGAUCGAGGCCUGCACUGCGAACAUUGGGGCCACCCUGGCCACACUGGCCGGUGCUGCCGCCUUCUUGACAGAGGUGUCCAUCCAAUGCCCCCAUACGCUGGACCACAGAGAUGCGGACUGCGCCAGCUCCAUUGAGACCUUAAUCAGUGGACUGGGCGGGGUGGCCGCCCACGCCGCCGGGGCAGCCCAGUCCUGCGGUAACAUUCCAAACGGGGCGACGAUCUUCAACCCCGUCAGUGUCAAUGACGAGACAGGAAUGGCAAAUUGUAUCUUGAACACGAACCAGGCGGCUUUCUUCGCAGCGCGCGCGGGAAUCCAGACGGACGGCCUUGCCAACGGGGCUUGUGGCAGAGACAAAAGCGCCGCCGACUGCUCCAUGUCUGUGACCGGCGCACUGACCUCCUUUGCUUCGCUCGGGCACGCCUCCGCCGGCUUUUGA